AUGAUUCUCUCCGGGCGGUUCGCUCCUGUGACGCCCGCGCGGCUGGGCAGGCCUCCAGCGGUGAUAAGGUUCCGGACGGAGUCAUGGAGGGCCGCAGCUAAGAAGGACAAAAGAUCUGAUAGCAAAGGCCCGGACGCAGCUCCCGACAACAGCGACGGCCCCAGCAGCAGCAAAUCAGGCGAGAAAGAGGUCAUAUCCAAGCUGGCCCCAGUGGAUGCGGGCAACCGCUACGUCCUCACAGCCGACGGCAUCCGCGACACCACCGGCGCGUCGCCCUCCACCCCCUCCGCGACGCCCGCGCUCGGCUCCGUCGAGGGCGGCGGCGCGGCGCCCUCGCCCGACGAUCUCUCCCGCACCGUCGCCGCCGCGGCUGACGACGCGGCGGACGCGGCGCAGGAUGCCAUAGAGUCUCUCGCCGCCGGCGCAGAAGCGGCCGCCGCGGCGGCCGACGCGCGCGGCGCCGCGGAGGCGGCCGCGGCCGGCACCGCCGACGCCGUCGACGACGUGCGCGCCGCGGCGCUGGGCGCCGCCGAGGUGCUCGCGGCAGACCUGCAGGGGGCGGUCGACGACGCCACCGCCUCGGCCUUGGGCGUGACCGAGGCUCUCAUUGACGCGGCCGCGGGCGCGACCAACGACCUGCUGGCGGGCGCGACCGCCACGGUCAGGGCGCCGGAGCAGCCGGCGAGCUUUGGCGGGGCGCGGGCCGCGCAGCCGGCGGACCCGAAAAAGGCAGAGAAGCUCAAGAUCAAGCUGCUGGCGGCUGUGGCCAGCCUGGACCGCGGCCUGGCGGCAAACGUGCGCGAGUCAGAGGACGUCGACCGGCUGGCUGCGCGGCUGGAGGCGGCCGGCGGCGGGCUCGUGAGCCUGGAGUGGACGGCGUCGGCGGACAGCCCGGACCAGAGCAGCAUGGAGCAGCUGGGGGGAACCUGGCGGCUGAUCUACAGCUCCGGCUUUAACAGCGGCAGCCUGGGCGGCCGGCGGCCUGGCCCCUCGGCCGCCUUUGUGCCCCUGGUGCUGGGCCAGAUCUACCAGGUCAUUGACCCCCAGGGGGCCCGCCUGGACAACAUCGUGGAGUUCUUCGCCGCCCUGCCCACCCUCAACCUCUUCGCCGCGCUCCCCUCCUCCCUCAACCCCGCCGCCGGCGCCCGCGGCGCGCCGGCGCCGGGCGUGCGGCUCUCGCUCGGGCACUCUUUUGAGGUCAUCGCGCCGUCCACGGUCAAGAUCGUCUACGAGGACACGGCGGUCAACGCGAUCGGCCCAGACCUGCUGGCGCGGCUGCCGCGGCUCGAGGCGCCGCAGCUGCCGGAGUUCCUGCGGCCGCCGCGGGACUGGCGGGCGGCGGCGUUCGACGUGACAUACCUGGACAAGAGCAUGCGCAUUACGCGCGGCGACCGGGGCGAACUGCGGGUGUACCUGCGCGACACGCCUCUUGAGGCGCGCGCCCCCGAGGACUACGUGGACUGA